CAUUUCUUAAAACGUAGAUCGAGCAUGGAAAUUCGAUCGUUACCGUUACUCAUCUUAUCGCUGAUAAGUGGGUCACUCGCAGCUGGCAUCUCCGUAUACUGGGGCCAAAACGGGAAUGAAGGCACCUUAGCAGAUGCUUGUGCCACCGGCAACUAUGCCUUUGUGAACAUAGCUUACUUAUACUCGUUCGGAGACGGCCAGACGCCGAUACUCAGUUUAGCGGGCCACUGCGAUGCAGCAUCCAAUGGUUGCACUGGUCUGACUAACGACAUCAGAGCCUGUCAGAACAGCGGCAUUAAAGUUUUGCUUUCUCUCGGAGGAGAUUCCAGUGGGUAUUCCCUAUCCUCCUCAGAUGAUGCUCGCCAAGUGGGGAAGUAUCUAUGGAACAAUUUCCUCAGUGGUCAAUCACAGUCCCGUCCGCUCGGUGAUGCCAUCCUGGACGGCAUCGAUUUUGACAUCGAAGGUGGCUCGACCCAGCACUGGGACGAGUUGGCCCGGUAUCUCUCGGACAAGAGCCGGCAAGGGAGGAAGGUCUACUUAUCGGCGGCGCCGCAGUGUCCAUAUCCCGACGCUUACCUCGCAACUGCACUCAACACAAGUCUCUUCGACUACGUUUGGAUCCAGUUUUUUAACAAUCCACCAUGCCAUUACACAGGCAGCAUUCACAAUCUUGUGAAUUCUUGGAACCAGUGGACUUCAUCAGUGCAGGCGGGCCAGAUCUUCUUAGGUCUGCCAGCGACGUCCGAGGCAGCCCCUUAUGGUGGGUUCAUCCCUGCAGCUACACUCACCGGUCAAGUGCUGCCGGCGAUCAAGAGCUCGUCAAAGUAUGGUGGUGUCAUGCUGUGGUCGAGAUACUACGAUACUCUCUCUGGAUACAGCUCCUUCAUUAGGAACCCUUACUUAGCACCGACUCCUCAGCCGGUAAACAGUCCUGUACCAGAGAUUUCUCUAAUUGGUAAGUCCAGAAGCAAGGUGCCUUUUAUAAUAUCAGGGUCGGUAGCAUUGCUAGUUGUUUUUAUUCUAUCUGCUAUCUGUAUUGUGAUUUCAAGGAAGAAAAAAAAGAAGAAAGAGGGGGAGGAUGAUGAGGAAUAUUUCAAACAAGUACUGGGAAUGCCCCGGAAAUUUUCUUAUGAAGACCUGCGCAUUGCAACGGACGAUUUCAGGGUAAAGCUUGGAGAAGGAGGAUUUGGAUCUGUGUUUAAAGGGAUUCUGGAAGAUGACACCAAAAUUGCGGUGAAACAAAUGGAAAAAAUAGGGCAAGGAAUGAAGGAGUUCUUGGCGGAGGUUGAAACACUAGGCAACAUUCACCAUUUCAAUCUGGUGCAGUUGAUUGGCUUUUGUGCUGAGAGAUCUCACCGACUUCUAGUUUACGAAUACAUGAGCAAUGGGUCCUUGGAUCACUGGAUAUUCAGUGAAAAUAAGAAUCAAGUUCUAAAUUGGCAGACUCGAAAGAAGAUUAUACACGAUAUAGCAAAAGGGUUGGCUUAUCUUCAUGAAGAAUGUCGGCAACGAAUCGUUCAUUUGGACAUCAAGCCUCAGAACAUUCUCUUGGACGACAGUUUCAGUGCCAAAGUAUCAGAUUUUGGGUUGUCGAAGCUGAUGGAUAGAGACCAGAGCCAAGUACAGACGACAAUGAGAGGAACUCCAGGGUAUCUUGCUCCGGAAUGGCAGCAACUUAGAAUUACGUUGAAAGUAGACAUCUAUAGUUUUGGGAUUGUCGUUCUUGAAAUUUUUUGUGGAAGGAAGAACUUGGAUCGCUCUCGUUCAGAAUCUAGCAAGCAUCUGCUAAGGUUGUUGCAGGAGAAGGCUGAGGAGAACCGUCUGAUUGACAUCAUUGAUGUGUCGAGUGCUGAUAUGCAAUUGCAUAGAGAAGAAUCCAUGAAGAUGAUUAAGCUGGCAGCAUGGUGCUUGCAGGAUGAUCAUACAAGAAGGCCUCUGAUGUCUACGGUGGUGAAGGUAUUAGAGGGAGCAAUGGAAGUAGAACCAGAGAUUAGUUACAGAUUUUCCAAUGCCAUGGCACAUAAUUCUACCACAAGCGCUGAUUUUCACAUCUUGUCGGAUCCACCGCAGGCAUCAGUGCUCUCAGCGCCUAGAUGAUGGAAGCUUAUGGUUGCAUAAGGUGCGAAGAUUGGCAAGUCCAAGAAAACAUAAAAGGUCAGACCAACCUGAUGGAUGGAUUGGAUCUCACACCUAUGUGUAGGUCAGGCAAUGGUCUGGGUUGGGCCC